UCUCCCCUGCUUGUUUAUCAGCAGAAUAAACAAGCCGUGAAUACAGGCGGAGGUUAUUCUCGAAUUUGAAAUUAGUUGUUAUUUUGCUGAAUUCUUUUACAAUGGAAAUUCUAGAGCUCUUGCCAUCAAGCUUCGGAUAUGUCAUAUUUACAUACUUUUAUAGCUGGAUCAUGUUGAGUUAUCUUGGUAUUAAGGUUGGAGCUGCCAGAAAGAAAUACGAUGUGAAGUACCCUACCAUGUACAGUGACAAGGAGCAGGUGUUCAACUGCAUCCAGAGGGCCCACCAGAACACACUAGAGGUCUACCCACAGUGGCUUGUGUUCCAAACCAUUGCAGCUCUUGUCUAUCCAACUUCUGCAGCUGUGCUGGGAGCCAUCUGGGUCACCAGCAAGUUCUCCUAUGCCUGGGGUUACUACACCGGAGAUCCAGCCAAGAGGAUGAAGGGUGCCUAUGGGUACAUUGGUUAUUUUGGAGUCAUCAUUCUUUCCAUCGCAGUGGCUUUGCAGUUGCUUGGAGUCUUGUGAGCCAGCUGGUUCUGUCCCCUAUUUGCCCUUUUUACUAAAGAAAUAUGUCUUGCAAUUGCUUGUGCCUUUUCAUUCAAACAGCCACUAUGAUAUCAUGUAGCUGAAAAAUAGAUUUUCAAUUAUGAUAGUCUUUAAUUGCUGUCGUCUUACCAGUGUGUAAACAAUUAUAGGCCUAUGUGUUGCUGCAACACAAUUGAGUUUUUGUUAGUUGAUACUGUGAGGACCAUUGAUUUUUUUUAAUAUGAUUAUCAGGCAUUUGUAACCUUUCAUGCCUAUGUACUGGCAACGCUAUGUUAAUAAAGAUGAAUGUAAACAUUG